ACAUUUAUUUGUUUUGACUUUAAACAUUAAGGUUAGACCAAGUGAAAACAAGAAAGUUAGAAAACUUUGCACCGAUCGUAUAAAUUUUAUUAUUUAUAUAAUUAAUUACUUAAAUUAGAUUUAAUAUGGAUCUUAUUAAAAAUCUAGAGCAUGAAAUUUUAGAAUUAAGAGAAAAGUUAAAAAUAAAAGAAGAAGAAUUGAGAGAAGCGAAGCGAAAUAUAAACUUUACGGACAAAUCAGACGAUGAUGUCGUUGGAACGAAAUCCAAUAUAAGUAUUGGUAAAUUACCAAAGUGGGCGAUAGAAAGAUACAGUCGUCAGAUACUCUUACCGGAUAUCGGAGUGUCAGGUCAGGAACGACUCAUGUCCUCGAGGGUGCUGAUCGUUGGAGCUGGGGGCCUCGGCUGCCCUGCCAGCAUUUACUUGGCUGGGGCUGGGAUUGGAGAAAUAGGCAUAGUUGAUUAUGACACGGUGGACAUUACAAACAUACACCGACAGAUACUGCACACUGAGGGUGACAGGUGCAGGAAUAAGGCCGUCUCUGCAGCUGACAGUUUGAAAAGAAUGAAUUCCAAUAUUAAAGUUACUCCAUACACGAUUGAAUUCAAACCUGAGAACGCGGUUCAAAUCGCCUCAAACUACGAUUUGAUAGUCGACUGCACCGACAACGUGCCCACGAGGUACAUGUUGAGUGACCUGAGCGUUAUAACGAAGGUACCACUGAUAUCUGGCAGUGCUUUGAAGAUGGAGGGUCAGCUUACUGUAUACGGCUACAGACGAAGUAGAAAUGAAAAGUCCUCUGGUCCGUGCUACCGCUGUCUGUUCCCCACUCCUCCCCCAGCUGCAGCUGUUGGCAGCUGUUCUGCUAAUGGCGUCGCCGGACCUGUGCCAGGAGCUAUAGGAGCCCUACAGGCUUUGGAGGCCAUCAAACUGUUGGUUGGACGCGACCGCGAGGACUUGUUGGUCGGCAGAAUGCUGAUAUUAGACGGAGAGGACACGACCUUUAGGACCGUCAAAUUACGUCCCAAAAACCCCAAAUGCGAGUCGUGCUCGGAUCAGCCUAAAAUCAAACAAUUGACGAACUACGAGGUCCUCUGUAAAAUGCAGUCCAAAGAGAAGGACUUGGAGCUCGACAUUCUGCCAAAAUCUCACCGGAUAUCCGCCACAGAGUUAUCAAACUCGCUCGUUGAACAGCGCCAUCUAUUGAUAGACGUGCGGAGUGAGGCGGAGUAUAGCAUGUGCCAUUUGGAAGAUUCCGUAAACUAUCCCCUGGAACAGUUACACGGGGAAAGAUUUGAUGUAUUAGUUGAAAAUAUAAAAAAUAAUGAGAAUGUAAUAUUCGUAUGCAGACGAGGUAACGAUUCCCAAAUAGCAGCGGAUAUGGUAUUAAAAGCAUUUCCGGAUGCUAAGGUCAAAGACCUCUCUGGUGGACUCCACGCCUGGGCCGAGCAAGUCGACAGGGAAUUCCCCGUUUAUUAGUGUUGCCAGAUUAUAAUUGUUAUAAUAAAAA